UCUCGCAGCCAUGGAGGAUUCGGCUGUCGCGGAAGCGGGAGGCUGCUCUUCUGCUCCGGCCCCAGCCCGCAAGGCCCGGCGUCAAGUAGCUCACCAGAUCCCCCAAGAGAUCCUAUCGGACCCAGAUCUCCAGGCAGCCGUGGGAGCCCUGCCUUCGAACUACAACUUUGAGGUCUACAAGACGGUGUGGCGGAUCCGGCAGGCCCAGGCCAAACGGGUGGCACUGCAGAUGCCUGAAGGCCUCCUCAUGUUUGCUUGCACCCUCGCUGACAUCAUUGAGAGGUUCACCGGAGCAGAAGCUGUCGUGAUGGGCGAUGUGACCUAUGGCGCCUGUUGUGUGGAUGACUUUACAGCCCGGGCACUGGGAGCUGACUUCCUGGUGCACUACGGUCACAGCUGUCUGGUUCCCAUCGAUCCCACGUCGGGCGUGAAAAUGUUGUACGUGUUUGUCGACAUCAAGAUUGACACGGCCCAUUUCGUUGAGACGCUGCGGUUCAACUUCUCCCCAAGGUCCAAACUGGUGCUGGUCAGCACAGUUCAGUUUGUGUCGGCCCUUCAGGCAGCCACCCGGGAACUUUCAGCGGAUUAUACUGUCUGUACCCCGCAGUGCAAGCCUCUCUCACCUGGGGAGAUACUGGGGUGUACGUCCCCCCGGCUGGCAAAGGACACAGAUGCCAUCGUGUAUCUUGGGGAUGGCCGCUUCCACCUGGAGUCCAUCAUGAUAGCCAACCCGGGAAUUCCUGCGUACAGGUAUGAUCCCUACAGCAAGGUCUUCUCGCGAGAGCACUAUGACCACGAGCGCAUGCAGGAUUCACGCAAGGAAGCCAUCCGCAAAGCAUCCCAGGCCUCCAAGUGGGGGCUCAUCCUGGGGACCUUGGGGCGCCAGGGGUCUCCGGCCAUCCUACAGCACUUGGAGUCCUGCCUUCAGGCCUUGAAGCGCCCCUUCGUUCGGCUUCUGCUCUCAGAGAUCUUCCCAGGCAAGCUGCAGCUCUUUCCCGAUGUCGAGGCGUGGGUGCAGGUGGCAUGCCCCCGACUCUCCAUCGACUGGGGAGAGGCCUUUGACAAGCCUCUGCUCACACCCUACGAGGCUGCUGUGGCUCUCAAACACGUUGCUUGGCAAGAGACCUACCCCAUGGAUUUCUAUGCCAGCCAGUCCUUGGGACCCUGGACGGCAAACCACAGCUCCCACCGCCCCCAACAGAAGAGAACCGUCAAAGAGAGGAAACUGGCAGAGCCCACAGAGCCUGCGGGAGCGAGCGGAGGCCGCCAAGAGAAGGAAGACCCACCCCCACCCCAGCAGCCUUGAAACGCUUUGCGUGCCAAAGCCCACAGAGUGAACAAGAUCCCCACACCGUAAGGAGCAGCAGGCUGUGAACUUUGGGAGGCGAGAGCCAGGGAGUGUCUGGGGUCCUCUGGCAAACUGGGAGGGCAGCAGCAGCUGCUGAUUUUUGUGCCUUGAGCCCCCCGUCGCCAUGUGGUGUGUCCGCCCGGGAGGGCCUGAGCCCCGCUCAGCUUUGGGGCAGUCAGGCAGCGGAGGAGGGAAGGAAGUUCCCCUGUUCCCAUCCCUCACGGGUAGAGAUGUCAGGGUGGAGGCACUUGCAGGGCAGGGCAGGAGGCUGGAUUGCAGGUUGCCAGCCGAAGCUUCCCGUCGCUGGUGGCUCAGAAGCCAAAAGCUCCGAGCCAGCUUUUCAGGCUCCUUGGUGGGGGCAGAAGCCACAGAGCAGGUCGGGAGAGACUGGCCUCUUGAGGCACGGCAGCCUCUGAGACCUGGACCUGGCAGGGGCUUGUGGCCUGUGUCUCCCCCCCCACACACACGUUUAUUUGCCUUAGCCACAAAAGCUACUCUUACCACAGAAGGGCCAUCAGCAUCUCUCGCAGUUGGUCUCCCCUACGGCAACCGACUGACCUAGCUGGGUCUCCUUUUCCUCCCGGACUAAACAGUGAAGUGAAUCUUUUUUGUCGCCGCUGGUGCCAGCUGGGUCAAAGGUUCAGUGGCAGAAAGGACAGAAAGUGGAUCUUUGAGGGGAGCAGGGCAGACAUUUCCCUGAAGGCAGAGCCAAACUUUUUUUGAUUGGCCCGGAAGUAAGGGGAGAACACAGGUUUCUACCAGGGAGCGCCGUCCCCCUUCAAAGACUCUGAA